AUGCCUACCGUCCAUCAACGUAAACGAGCACUAGUUAUUGGUAUUGACAACUAUCAUUCUGAGCCACUUAAGUACUGCGUGAAUGAUGCUCAGGAUUUGACAGAGACUUUGAAAGCAAUGGACUUUGAAGUUACAUUGGUAAUUAAUUGCAGUUACGGUGAAUUUUUUGACGAAGUCGACCAAUUUAUAGCGCAAAUAACACAUUCUGACUUGACUCUAUUUUAUUUCGCUGGGCAUGGAAAACAGAUGGACGAACAGAAUUUUCUGCUCCCAUCAAAUUACGAUUACGAUUAUCGUCAUAGUGAAUCCAAAUAUCUAUCGGAAAAUGCUGUUAAUGUUCGAUACAUCACCAAAGCCAUAGAUGAGAAAAGGUGUUGUGUUACAAUAUACUUAUUCGAUUGUUGUAGGAAUAAUGUGCGUACUCGAUCGUCUGAUCAACAGCAAGGUUUAUCGGCGAUACACGGCUUACCAGAAACUCUAGUCAUGUUUUCAUGUGCUCCGGGUAAAGCAGCAAUGGAUGAGACGUACAACGGUAGAAAUGGCGUAUUCAUGGGGAGUUUGUUGCAGCAUAUCACCAAGCCACAUAAUCACACUGAAGUGCUGCUCAGAAAUGUUGCACGAGAUGUUAAAAAUCAAACAAAUGGUUUUCAAUUGCCGUAUCGAACAAGUUCUUUUACUGAUAGUGUCUAUUUGAUAAGUGAUAAGCAGGAAAAUCUUGCUGAAGUUCAUUCUCGACGUCCGCUUAAAUGUCACGGGCGUCCAUGUGACAGGUGUGGUCAUUGUCGGGAUUGGCGUCCAUGUGGCAGUGAUUCCAGUGAUGGCCUUCCUGUCUAUGAAAAGCGUGCAUGUGUUACAUGUUGCGGUGCCAGAUAUGCAUAUCACGAUGGACAUGGUCAUCUGUAUGAUUCAGUCCUCAAUGGUUUUGGCUCUUCUUCUAUCUGUACAUGUCCAGAUAACGUUUAG